UCUCUCUCUCUCUCUAUAUAUAUAUAUAUAUUAAUAUGCAGAAAAUUAACACAGAGAAAUUCAUUGAAACAGUGAAAAGGCAGCUAAAGAAAUACAUUUGAGUCAUUUAAACAGCAUAUACAGGAGGUACAAAAGGAAUAGUUUUCAUAUCAUGGGGCGUUGGAUGAAACCAGAGGUGUACCCCCUAGUGGCCGCCAUGACCUUUGUGACCAGCAUGUGUGUCUUCCAACUUACAAGGAACAUUAUGAAAAACCCUGAUGUGAGAGUAAACAAAGUGAACCGUAAGAUGGGAGUGCUUGAAAACAAAGAGGAAGGAGAGCAAUAUGCCGAGCAUCGUCUCCGCAAAUUCCUUCGAACUCGUCCACCGGAGAUCAUGCCCACCAUCAAUCACGUCUUCUCACAAGACAAAUGAUCUAUUCAUGUCCCAGUUCUACCAAAAUCAGUAUUUAUUUAUUAAGUCAUAAAAUUAUAUAUGUAUAUCUAUAUAUAUGCACACAUUUAAUCCCCAGCAAGCACGUAGUAUGUAGGCUUUUUUUUUUUUUUUUUUUUUUUUUUUUGGGCUUUUGUUUUUGUGUGGAAUUGUAAAGCUGUGGUCAUAUAAUUCAUGAUGUUUUUC